UAGCAUAUAUAUAUUUUUGGCAUUAUGUAGAUUGUGCCAUUGAUUUUAAGGAUUUAAAGCUGUCCUGUACAUUUUACCAUCAAUUCAAAGGGAAAACCUAGCUAUUUUCUGGUUCCCUGGGUAUUAAAUAAUCCAAUUUAUUUAUUUACAGAGUGCAGACACUAAAAAAAGCCAGCAUAUAUUUGUUGACAUUCUAUAGAUUAUGCCAUUGAUUUAAAGGGAAAACAAAAAGAUUCCCCCGACCUAGCGUGUAUAUAUCCAACAAUAUCCCAUUUACAGGUUGAACUGCCUAUUUUAUUAUACACGACGACGUGAGUGUUCCUAGGUGAUCGGCAUGUUUCUAGUUGGGUUGACUGGCGGUAUAGCAUCGGGGAAGAGCACCGUAUCGAACGUUCUCCGAGACCUGGGGUGCGUUAUCAUUGAUGCUGAUAAGAUUGCUAGAGAAGUUGUGGAACCUGGUAAACCUGCAUUGAAGCGGAUUGUCCGUCAUUUUGGCAAGUCGGUUCUUCAAGACGAUGGGACGCUGGAUAGAGCCAAGCUCGGAUCCAUCAUAUUUGCUGAUUCUGAGAAACGGAAGAUACUGAACCGCUGCACCCAUCCCUACAUACAACGGACGAUGCUCUGGGAAGUCCUGACAAGCUUUCUCUCUGGACACCAUUAUGUGAUCUUGGAUGUCCCUCUGCUCCUAGAUGGAAGUGCUCUGAGAAGUUUCAUCAAGUAUGUGCUUGUGGUGUAUUGCGAUGAAGCGACUCAGCUGGAUCGUCUUAUGGCUCGCAAUGAUCUAACCCAAGAGGGCGCCCUUCAAAGAAUCAACUCGCAGGUUCCACUUGAGAUCAAGAAGAAACAGGCCGACUUUGUGAUCGAUAACAACGGAAGCUUGACUGCCACAAAACAACAAGUACUAGAACUGUACGAGAGAUUAGAGGGUUCAUAUGCACACUGGAAACUAAGGUCAUUCCUGUUCGGGAGUUUAGUUCUUCUUGGGGGCGUUGCUUACCAGUUAUAUUCAUUCCUAUGAACUUUGGGGGUAAAAAGCAUAUUGAAAUGGUGGUCCCUGUGUUAAAAGUCUAUGGGAAUGAGAAAAAUCAGUGCCAAUGGGUUAAGAUUUAAAGAUAAACUCCAGUACUGGUAAAA